UCCAAGGGAAAAGCAUUGCCCUCAACAAACUUCGCUACUCACCAUUUGUUUAUCAACAUUCAACAGCCUUGCGGACCCUAAUUCAGACACUGUAUAGACGUCCGACUGUUAAAUUUUCUUUAAUUUGAAAAACAGACCGUUAAUACUUCUCUUAGGCUUAAGGAAAUGGCAAAACAUGAGCCUGAAGAGGAUGACCCAUAUGCUGAGUUUCUCAUACUUGAUAGAACUUAUCAGCAUAAAUAUGUGAUACCAUUUUACCUAACAUUAAUGGAUUCUGCCAGUUUCUCAGAUUAUGAAGUGGAUUUCUAUUUGAAUAAGACCCAGCAAAUGUGUGAUCAUGAAUAUUCUGUCUUGAUAAAGGGAGUCCCAGAAACCUUUCCACCAGCCACAGGGUUUGACAAAAUGACUGCCCAGAAUAAAGCAGCAGAGCAGGCACUUCAGAUAAUGUCACGUCGUUGUUACACUGUUAAGUAUAGAUCACAUCAAGCUGAGAUUACAUUGCGAGAUAUCUUUAAAGAUCUGAUAGCCCCAGCCGUACCUCCAGUAAGUCAGCUGUCUUCAAAUAAUGUUCCAAGCAAAAGUAUUAAGAUAGAAGAUGGGCAGUUGCAUAAAGCUCAAGCUGGCCAACAGGAAAUAUCCCAACCAUUGCAACAUCCAGGAAUGAUGGCAAUUGUUUCAUCAGGUCCCGAUACCUUUGGAAGUAAGAUGUUGAAAAAGAUGGGCUGGGAUGGUGGUGGCCUUGGUAAAGAUGGUGAAGGCAUUAUAGAACCUAUUAGAUCAUCCCUUGUUGCUGGUCGCUUUGGCUUUGGGCACUUUAAACGUAAAGAGAUAGAAGAGCCUGUUGAACAGGUUGGGCAGCCAAAAGAGCCACCUAGUACUGGUAAAAAAAAAAAGAAACAGAAAAAAGUACUAGGACAGCAACCUCAACCACAACUCUCACUGAAGAAGAUAACAGACGAGAGGUUUAUCCACCGGGCCCGUUUAGUAAUCCAAGACUUCAUUGACAAUUCAGAGAAUGAAGAUCUGAUAUUCUCCUCAAAACUCACAGGGUUACAAAGAAAAUUAAUUCAUGACUUGGCUCCAGGGUACAACCUGACUAGCAUCAGCUUUGGAUACAAGAGUAAUCGACACUUAGUACUAUUUCGAGCUCACCGUGUAGAUGAGUUUUUAGAGAGAUGUAUAAAAAAAUCAAAGGGAAAUAUACUCAUGAAUUUUCAAGUUAUACCUCCAUCAGUCUUGAAAGGCACAUCCUGAUUCCUUUUGCUUUCAAGAUCGUAUUAUGUGAUACUUAAUAAACUUGUAAUGUAUUUG